AUGGCGAUCCUCGCCGCGAACCAUCCGAACGACCCUAUCGAUGUGAUCAUGGGCGAUUGGAUGUCGGAAGCCAACAUGACGGCCAGGGCUACGCUCAAGACUGACGAUGGCGGCGAUGCAUACGAACCCACAUUCAUCGAAUCGCUGGAGCCUGCACUGAAGGACAUUGCGCGGCAUGGAAUCAAGGUUGCUGUCAAUGCCGGAGCUUCGGACACGAAACGGCUGUCAGAGGUUGUCACGGAGAUGGUGAAGAAGAAGGGACUUGAUCUCAAGGUCGCGUGGAUCAGUGGAGACGAGGUACUACCGGCUGUACAAAAGGCGCAGAAGGAGGGCAAGAGCAAGUUCGAGAACAUCUGCACAGGCGAGGUGCUGGACGAAUGGAAGUUCAAGCCCAUAUACGCUCAAGCAUACUUGGGUGGGCUCGGGAUAGCUGCAGCCUUCGACAAGGGAGCAGACAUCGUCGUCUGCGGCCGAGUCAGCGAUGCGAGUCCCUGCAUUGGCGCAGCAGUGUGGUGGCACGGAUGGUCGCGAGACCAACUCCACGAGCUCGCCAACGCUUUCGUCACCGGCCAUCUCAUCGAAUGCAGCAACUACGUCUGCGGCGGCAACUUCACGGGCUUCAAGAGCCUGGAAUGGAAAGGCUGGCAUGAUAUUGGCUACCCCAUUGCUGAAAUCUCGAAGAAUGGUCAAGCCAUCAUCACCAAGCAGCAAGGCUCCGGCGGCGAAGUUAGCACGCAGACGUGCACGUCCCAACUGCUUUACGAGAUCCAAGGACCCUGGUACUUCAACUCCGACGUCACCGCCGUCCUCGACGGGCUGUACUUCGAGCAAGUCGGCACCGACCGCGUAGCCCUACGAGGCGUGCGCGGCGAACUCCCACCGCCCACGACCAAAAUCGGCAUCACGGCCAAAGGCGGCUACCAAGCCGAAGUGCACUGGUUCCUCACCGGCCUCGACAUCCCCGACAAAGCGCGCAUGAUGGAAGCCCAAGCCCGGCACAUGCUGAAACCGUAUUCCCACCGAUUCAGCAAACUCGAGUUCACGCUCAACGGCUCGGCAGCAGAAGACGCUUCGAACCAGAACGCCGCGACGGUGGAUUUCCGGAUCUUCGUGCAAGCGCCGAAUGCCAGCGACAUUGCUCCGGACAAAUUCUUCCGCCCCGUUGUAGAUCCGAUCAUGGAGGGCUAUCCGGGCGCGACGCCGCAUCUGGACUGGCGACAGGGGUUCCCGAAGGCGAUUCAGGAGUAUUAUGUCACUCUGCUCCCGCAGGCGGAUGUGCAGCAUAAAGUCCACCUCUGGGAUGGAAAGGAAUUCGACAUUCCGGCUCCGCCCCAGUCGAGGACGUAUCCUGCUCAGCAGCCUAGUCAGGUUGAAGCGCUGGAUGUGCAGUCCACGGACUGGGGGCAGACGGUCAGAGGACCGCUGGGCUGGAUAGUGCACGCACGGAGUGGUGAUAAGGGGUCGAAUGCGAACGUGGGGUUUUGGGUGCGGCAUCGGGAUGAGUGGGAUUGGCUGCGAAGCAUGCUUUCGAUCAAUAACAUCAAGCGGCUGCUGGCGGAGGAGUAUAAGGGGAAGAAGAUUGACCGAUUCGAGCUCCCGAACGCUUAUGCGGUGCACUUUCUGCUCCACGACCAUCUCGAUCGCGGUGUCAGCUGCUCGAGCUCCUAUGAUUUCCUUGGGAAGAACGUGGCAGAGUUCUUGCGGUCGAAGCAUGUUGAUCUGCCGCAGAAGUUCUUGAACAGGGGCAGGUUAUGA